ACUUGAAUAAUUCUAAGACAGACCACAGUGGGUGCUAGGCUGUGUUGGUUGUGGGCAUAAGGGGCCGGUUUGGGCCUUAAGUGGCCCCAUUCUGUCUCCCAGGAGGCUAAGGAGCAUGUGCAGGCCUGCCCUUGCUUCUCUUUUGCCAGAGACCACUCAGGACCCUGUCUCCUGGGCAUACCACCCCCUGUCCCUUGGGGCUCCCCUAAGUCUGCCCCCAGAUCUCCAGGGCCUUACUGUUCCCCAUGGCAGGCUAUGGCCCUUUCCAUUCUAAGGGUUUUCUUGCUAAUCUGGACACAGGCCUGUGGUAACAGCAUGGAGAGGCUGCAGGCACAGGGUAGCUGUUGGAGGCCACAGCACCUUCUCAAGUGUCUUGAGCCUUCUAACUCAUCAGCCACCUGGCCCAUGCUGCCUCCCUGCCCUAGCAAGGGUCAGGACCAUUACUGGCAGGCUCGCCUCGUCCUGAAAAUGCAGUCCAAGGGACAUUGAUCUCCUCUGUCAAUUUGACCCCUGAGGCUCCUGUGCCCGGGCGCCAUCUAGUAACCUCCACUCUUCACACAUUUCCAGAUACUGAUUAGUUUCAAAUAGACUUCCAGCCUCUGGAAAGCAGCUGUCUCCCAAGGGCCAGUGGCUUCUAAAGUAGGAGCCAUUGGGACUGGGGCAGUGGCAUAUCACUUUUAUCCAGGACUAAGUGGGAAAUUCCUCAGCAUCCCCAAAACUGUGCUGAAAACUGGUAAACAGGAAUUUAAAGCUCAAAGAGAAAUCAUUGAAAACACCUAAAACGCUGAUUGUGAGGCCGUGUGACCCUGGGUGUGACAUGAGCUGUGUUACCUUCUCUAAAGUGAAGAUGUUAGUAGGGCUGCCCUGUAGAGCUGAGGACGACAGUUGAACACCCGUAGCAAGCACCCCAGGGGUGUCAGGAUUAUUGCUUCUCUAGGUGCAUACUCAGUACCAUCUCUUGGACUUCUGCAGUCCUGAGAGGCGUGGAAGAUCCGUGUCCCCGGAAUACACAACCCUUGCAGCCUGCGUGGGAUGAGCGGCUGACCCGCGUGCCUGCACUGUUCCACUGUGACAGGAAAACUUCAUGUCCAGAAGCAGCAAAGAUGUCCAACGAGCCACCCCCUCCUUAUCCUGGAGGUCCCACAGCCCCCCUUCUGGAGGAGAAGAGUGGAGCCCCACCUACCCCAGGCUGUACCUCCCCAGCUGUGAUGCAGCCCCCUCCGGGCAUGUCGAUGCCCCCUGCAGACAUUGGUCCCCCACCCUAUGAGCCACCAGGUCACCCAAUGCCUCAGCCUGGCUUCAUCCCCCCGCAUGUGAAUGCAGAUGGCACCUACAUGCCUCCAGGUUUCUACCCUCCUCCAGGCCCCCACCCACCCAUGGGCUACUAUCCACCAGGGCCUUACCCUCCAGGGCCCUAUUCUGGCCCUGGGGGCCACACUGCCACAGUCCUAGUUCCUUCAGGGGCUGCCACCACAGUGACAGUACUGCAGGGAGAGAUCUUCGAGGGCGCCCCUGUACAGACAGUGUGUCCCCACUGCCAGCAGGCCAUCACCACCAAGAUCUCCUAUGAGAUUGGCCUGAUGAACUUCGUGCUGGGCUUCUUCUGCUGCUUCAUGGGGUGUGAUCUGGGCUGCUGCUUGAUCCCCUGCCUCAUCAACGACUUCAAGGAUGUGACGCACACAUGCCCCAGCUGCAAAGCCUACAUCUACACGUACAAGCGCCUGUGCUAACGGAGCCGGGACUGGACUCCCUGCUGUCAGUCUGGCCCCCUGUGCUUUUGCUCCCCUCGCUCAGUGGCUCGCUUCCUUGCUCCCACUUGGGGGUGGAAGCCAUUCCACCAGUCCCUGGAAGUCUCGUCCUCUUUGGCUUGCCCUUCCCUGAGCAUCUGACUCUUGCGGCAAAAAUCCUGUUGGAUUUAAGGCCAAGGGUCAGCAAGUGGCAGGGGGAUAGCACUGAGCCUGUGUGUUGGUUUGGUUGGUGUUUGUGAUCAGGAAGAGAAGCUGUAAAGGGUCUCCUUGCACGGUCUCCCUGCUGGGGUCUCGUUCCUCCAUUUCUGUACAAAGUAUAGAUUUGGUCCUAACUCUCCCUGGGACCACAAGCAGCCAGAGCAGACCUGGGGCCUGCAGUGGGGCUGUACCUAUAGCCACAGUUAUUUCUGAUCUCCUGGGCCAAGAGUCGGGGAGUGGACCCAAGCAGGACAGAGUCCUAAGGCCUGGCUUUGUUCCUGGGGUACUAGAGGUGGACAUGAUGAUUAGAAGGAUGACUCUGGCUCUUAGAACUCUCAAACUCUUAACACCCUGUCCAAGUGCCCAGCAGUCCCCUGGGGUAAGGGAGAGAGGUCAGCACAUCUGCAAGUCGUGGGAUGAGUGGUUAGGCCCCAGCUUGCUAAGAAGGGACUUGCUUCUGGCCCCCACCCAGCUCCCUUUCUGGCCACCCCUCCACAACCCCCCGUCUUUGCUAGGGCCAGAAGGAAUGCCCAGGAGCCUAACCCAUAGCCAUACCAUGUCCUAUGUAUGGCUAUGUAUCGGCAAGACCUUUGCCCAGUGGCUGGUGUGUCCCAGCUAGGACUGGAGAUGACAGAGAAGGGGCCUCCUUGCAAGCACACUCAGAUUUGUCAUGCACGCUCCAUGGAUCCUCUUCUCAGUAAGUGCUGGGCCCUGGGCCCUGGCUGACUUGCUGUCACUGUGCUUGUUUCAACAGCAGGUACUGCAGCAGGAGCAGCUGUGGCACUGGACUGGGACAGGCCGGGGACAAGGAAGGAGCAGCCCCAAGUGGCGGAAGUGCCCUGGUGGACACCUGCCCUGGGCCUGAGCCCACACUGUAUUUCGUGAAUGGUUUGUCUGUGAACUUGCUCACGUGGACCGCUGUAUCCUGCUGCCACCCCUCUCCUGGUCUCGCACUGCCACUGCAUGGCCUCCUGUCACUGUGAAUCAUGGCUGGUCUCAGUUUGUAGUUUCUCAUUAAAUUGGCCCUUUCACUCCCCUGCCCUGGGCCUCUGCUCUCC